AUGAAAUACUACUAUGCUUUCUUUAUAGUUUUGGUUUUUGUAUACUUCAAAAGGGAAGAUAUACAAAAGCUUUCACACAUAGAUCAUAUAGAGGAUACAGCAGAAAAGAAUAAACAAUUGGCAGAAUUUAUUAAUGGUAGAUAGAUCCAUGAUUUGAUUCUCUUCUAUGCAGUGAAAAUGAUUGACUCUAAUCUUUAAGCAGCUUAUAAUACAUUGGAGGAAACAGUGUCCUCACUUUAAAAAUUAUCAGUCUUGCUUUUUAAUAGGAUUACAAGGGAAUCUAGAGUUUAAGUGAAAAGUAUUCCAUCUCAAAUAAACUUUGCCAAUUAUUUUGGUGGGGCCACCAUUCUUACAAAAAGCAAAUAAUUAGUCGGUGUAGACAAUAUUUUGGUGGAUAAUCAAGAAACUUAUAUGAUUACAGAGUGCAAUCAAUAAAAACUGUACAUUAUAAUUUGUUUAAAAGAAGAGAUCCAAUUGGAAUCAAUCUACUUUAUUAAUAAAGAGUUUUAUUCCUCGACAAUGAAAAAUUUCAGGGUUUUUGGGAGUGUUGUGUAUCCUACUGAAUCGUGGGAUUUUUUGUAAGCAUUCGAAUCAGAGGAUAUAAAUGAAUGGUAAAACUUUGAAUUUGAAUCUCAUUUCCUCAGAUAUUUGAAAAUUGAGAUCAUUGACUUCCAUCAAGCAGAAUAUCAUUGCACAUUAACAUAAAUAAGGUUUAAGAAUUAUAAAUGUUUUAGAGUUUUUGGAUAAACAGUUAUUGGAGAUCUAAUUCAAUCUCACAAAAGAUAUAAGUUGUAAUUGCCUAAAAUAGAACCCAUAAGAGAGGAAGUGAAAAAACCAUAACGAAUUAAAAUGCCAUGCAAUGAGAUAAUAACUAAUUAUGCGAAUUCUAAUAAUUCUACAUGCAGUUAUUUCAAUUAUUUAUUUGAUGUGCAAUAGUCAAAUAUUGAUGAAAUCAAGAGUCAAAAUGAAUUUUUAGAUGUGAUUCCUUUCGAGUCCAAUUAAUCCCUAUUUAAAGUCACCGCUUAAAAUAUAGUUAUACUAUCUCAUAAUCUUCAAUUAUUGAAGGAGUAAUUAUAAUCAAUUAAUAAUAAUAAAUUGAAGGAAAUGUAAAAUUAGAAAUAAAAUGAUGACAUCUAAUAGUAAUUGUUAUUCGAAUUCUCUCAAUAACAAAAUAUCAAUAUUAAUCUUGAGAGAUAGAUCUAUUAAUUGAAUGUGUUCACUCGAUAUUGUAUAAUAGGCAUAUUAAUCCUAUUUAUUGGAUUGUGCUCGGUUAUCAUAAAAAUGUAAUAUCACUCUAGAAACAUCAGACACCAGUAGAUUGAUGUUCAAAACUAGAAAGAUAUCCAAAGAUAUUACUACUCUGACUCCAAUUUUGGUGAAUGGGUAUUCAACGAAUAAUGA